AUGGAUCCUAAUAACCAGCAAGCACAGCAGCCAGAUUUGGCUUCGAUUUUGAAGACCUUGGCUGGCCUUGCACCCCCACCUCAGCCCCAACAGAGCCAGAACAGCUAUUGUCAAGCCCCUCCAGUACCUGCUCACUUCGAACAACCACAGCAGUCAUGGGCUCCACCACCAGAGCAAUUUGCACCACCGCCUCGGUCGACGACGCCGACGGAGCCUGUUCCGAGAGGUAUCGACCCAGCGACUAUCAUUGAGUGGUCAGCCGGUCUACGCUGUGUCAUGAAGACCGUUGCCAGACAUGAGAACAUGCUCAAUGAUAUUCGACAUAUGAUGAAGGUCCAAAAAGAGCACGAGGAGCAAUGGUGGAAAGGCCGAGAAAUUCUCAUCGAAAAGCAGAAGGCGAGAAGGGAAGGCCAGAAAAAGCUAGAUGACGUGCUCAAGGCAGUCGGUGGAGCAGUUACGGGUGGUUUCGCCACCAACUCUCCCGAUGAGUUUGCCAGAGAGCUUGAGACUUUUGACUUGAAGGUCUACAAAGCUCAACUGCAGAUGGUCAAAGAGAUGAACGCAAAGCUACGAAGCCUCGGGGUCCCAUUUUUCGGAACCCGAGUAGAACUGGUUCGGCCAAUUGGGAAAGAAAACUCCACUACGAGCGGCAUGCCCGAUUCGAAAGCUGAGAAAGGAAUGAUUGACGAGGCUGAGUUGGUCAAGCUGCAGAGGAAGAUGCUAGCGAUACUCGAGGAUCUCUGCAGCGACUGA